GUUGCUGAACCACGGGACCAGUUGCUGGUGUUGCACACGCGUGACCAGACAGCAUCCCAACAACCAGACAGCAUCCCAACACCACCACCACCACCACCACCAUCAUCAUCAUUAUAAUCAUCAUAGUCGCGCGCCUCACAUGUCUGAUACCGCCCGGGAGGAAGAGACAAUGGCCUCGCUCAAUGUGGCGAAGCAGCACCUCCGAAAUGUUAUGAAACAAAAGCUCAAGAACAUACCCCAGCAUUCCAUCGCGUCGCAGAGCUCCACCGUUUACAGCACGCUCAAGAGCUUGAGCGCAUACGCGAAUGCAAAGCGGGUUAGCGUGUUUCUCUCCAUGCCUACGGGCGAGAUCCAGACAGACGCCAUCGUGAGGGACGCACUCUCGGCGGGCAAGGAGGUCUUCAUCCCUUAUCUCCACGAAAACAUGGUGGAAGCCCCCGGCCUGCCAGCGCGAGUGAUGGACAUGGUCCACCUAAGGGACCUGGCCGACUACGAAUCGCUGAAGCCGGACAAAUGGGGCAUUCCGAGCAUCGACCCGGACACCGUUGCAGAGAGGCAGCGAGUGUUCGGCGGUCCCGACGCCCAGCACUCCGACAGCACCCUGCUGGACCUCAUCCUGAUGCCGGGCGUGGCCUUCGACACCGACCCCGACAGCGGCGCCAUCAGGCGGCUCGGACACGGCAAGGGCUUUUAUGACUACUUUCUCUUUCGGCACGGGCUAAAGGCGGGUUCGCUUGGGCAGCAAGAGUCCCCUGUAUUGCUUCUCGGCUUAGCCCUGUCUGAGCAGUUCCUAUCUCCAUCCGAGGGGGCGGUACCUGUUGGUCCCCUGGAUCAACCUCUGGACGGUCUGGUCCUCGGGAAUGGCGAGAUCAAAGGCCCGCUUGCUCCUGCAAAUAAAACAGACUAGUCCAAACCCCGGUUGUUUUGCCGUGCGCCUGUACCCGCUUCCCUCCUGGUAUCCCAUUUCGUAUAGUCUUUUUUUUGUUUGCCGUGUUCGACAUUGUGUAGAGGUUGAAUGGUUUGUCGAGCUUCCCCCACGCGGAAGCAGCAUCCUGUGGACACCUCACCCAGAUAGACUCUGGAUGAGCGAGACGUUAUCACCCUUGAGCAGGAUUUGCUAUUCUCCGUCAGCCCUUGUCUGGAUCCGCCCCUAUCACAGCACUCUCCCGGUAAAAAAACAUACCCCCAACGGCCUCCUCGUCUCGGUGUCGUUCGUCUUCGAAAUCUGCUUGACUUCAACCGCGUCGUCGAUCUGAAGAACC